AUGGUCAUCUGUCUACGUUUCCGAGAGGCUUACUUUAAAUGCAUUGAGAAAGGCUCAGCGUUAACUUAAGAGGAGGCAGCAGCAAUUGCUCAAAAUGAAGACACCACGGCUAGUCAGGUUGGUUAUUAUGUAACCAGAGUUUAAAGGCAAUCUUAUCCAAUUAGUAGUCCAUCAACUCCAUGAAAGGCAAGGAGCCAGGCCUAAACAAGAGAAACAGCAGAAGGAAAGAGGUGGAUCAGACAAUCAAAAACGCACCAAGAGAGAAACCUGCUUCAAUUGUGAAGCAAAGCCUACACAUCCAAGAAGUCAAUGCCCUGCAAAGAGUGCAAAGUGUUUUAAGUGUGGAAACGAGAAACAUUAUGGCUCUGUUUGCAAAUACAAAAGCAAAGGAGGGAAUGUUAAUGAGUUACAAACCCAGCCUAUGAAUGCACCCUCAAACCAAAACAGCACAGUGGAAGACUAUACACCAGUGUAUGUUACUGCAACCAUGCAUCAUUUGAAGAUGGUAAUGGUAAAGACUCUUAAUCAUCCUCAGCCACUGCCUCACAUUCGCUCUCUUUGGCUUAGUAAGGAGCUCUCAUCACAGAUUUUCCAUAUCCCCUGUGAAGUUGAUACAGGUACAAGCAGCAACAUUCUACCUCUGGACAAAGCAAAUUCUCUUUUGGAACAGAUCCCAAGCUGGGACAACAGACAAUGA